AACACUUUCCCUGGUCGCUUUGAGAAGGCUCUAUCUGGCAGGAUCUCUGACAUUAGUGUUGCUCUCUGGCUGCCUGCUGUCUCGAACCAUGGCUGCACAGCUGGUUGUAGCUCUGCUGGCUCUCACCUCCCUGGGUGCUGCAUCUGAACCGGACUGUAAAGACCUGGUUAAGCCUCUGGUACUGGACAGCCACAGCCCCAUCUAUGGGAAGUGGGUGCUUCAUGUAGGGUCAUGGGACCAGCCUGGCCUAAAGAAGGACCUGUUGACGGUGAACAGCUCCUGGGUGGAUCUGUCGGCUUCCUCAGACAGCGGAGUCAUCACCAUUUACUGGUCCGACCGCAUCAGUGAAGAUAAAUGCCUUCAGGGUCUAGCCAAUGCCACCGUCUCAGGGAUGACCAGUCACACCACUUUUAAUAUCAACGGUCACACUUCAUAUCAUGAUGGGAAGUACUAUGAGACUUGCUCCGACUGCCUCCUUUCCGAAGACACCACCCUCCUCCCUGACGGCAAGUCAAAGGGACGAUACCUUUUCCUCUUUACACGGACCGGCGCUCUGGAGCCAUCUGAGUUAGAGACCUUCAAGAAGCAGGCUGAGUGUCUUAAAUUCCUCCCAGAGUACCACUUUGGAGGAACAGAUCUGUGUCCAGAUGACAGGGAGCCAGCUGCACCUGCUGCUGAGAACACAGAGAAUGAUGAAAUUGAUGUCAAGCCUACUGCAAAGUAAAGCAGAUGUAUGUCAUAGCCCUUUGAACAGCACACACACAUCCAAACGCAUCCAUCUUAACAUGUACUAAAUAGUGUUGUAAUGAGAUCUGCACGUGCUGUGGAAUACCUUUUCAUUAGCCGUGGUACAGUUGGUUUUAGCAGCAGCAAUAAGUUAAAGGUCUGCUGGUGUGAUGUCACGUCAGAACUGUUGCUUGCAAUGUGUAGUCUUAUUACUGAGUGUCUCUGUCUGCUAAGCUGUUUGACCUUUCAUGAUUUAGUUUAGGAUGGAACGGCUGAAUGGCUCAUGGCAUAUUCUGGCAGGUACAGCAAUGGCUGAAAAAUCCACUGAAAAGCCUUCUUCAAAUCAAUUUAACAUGUAAAUAGUUGAGUAUAUAACUUGAUUCAAGUGGUUGUGUGAAGUAAAUAAAACGAUUUUCAGUCUC